GAUGCGCUGUCUCCCUCAAACCAACGAACCCCAAACCCGCACGCACCUCUCUUGGCGCGCACACACGCACCUCUCCAGUUUCAAUGAAUUUGCCUGGGGCAGGACCCCUCCCACUUCGAGUAAGCACUUAAUUGUCAGUUUUGACGAACGCUGGGGUACUUAAAUAGCGUCAAAGUUUCUUGUAUGGGUGGAAUUGGUCAACUUGCCACAGAGCGCAUGUUACCCAUAGUUUAUUCCAGCUCCGCAGAUCGAUAAGCAUGCAGGUGUCUCUCGCGCUCCUUGUCUCCAGCACCGUGCUGCUGCUGCUACAGGGAUGUUGUACCUUCGUGCAAGGAUGGAGGGUGCUAAAAAACGAUGCUACAGAGAUCGUACCAGAAUAUACUGAAAACAUACAGCCUCCCGAGGAACCAAUACCACUGGCUUCUAAUAAUAACAAUAAUACAAUGAAUCGACCAAAACACGGGGGAAGGAGAUCAUCAGCAAACACAGCCUCCUAUAGUGCCUCGGAGCUGAGCUGCAGAGAGCUGCGCUCCACCCGUUACAUCACUGACGGCUCCUGCCGCAGUGCCAAGCCCGUCAAGGAGCUGGUGUGCUCGGGUCAGUGCAUGCCCGCCCACCUCCUACCCAACUCCAUCGUGCGCGGCAAAUGGUGGCGGAGCAGCGCUUCCGACUACCGCUGCAUCCCGGCCCACUCCCGAACCCAGCGGGUGCAGCUGCAGUGCCCCAACGGCAACAGCCGGACUUACAAAAUCCGCGUGGUCACCUCCUGCAAGUGCAAGCGCUAUAGCCGCCACCACAACCAGUCAGAGGCCAAGGAGGCCUCCUCUUUGCCCGAGCCCCGACGCAACAAGAAACGCACCCGGUCUCCCGGGAGUCAGAGCAAGAGCAACACCCCGACGCUGGUCAGCAACUCCUACUGAGGAUUCCUUUCCUUCUUCCGUACAAAUGCAGAGACCAAAGUAGCACGCUCACUCAUACACACGCACAUGUUACACACAACCCAACAUGGCUCCUUCAUUGGAAGAGGGAGAGGAAGAGACAUUUCAACAAAAAGGGAUUUGUUAAGCUGUUUGUUGGACUGGCUUGACAUGCGUUUUUCUCACCAGACAGGCACUAUAGAUUUUGCAGCCUAUUUUCAAACAUAUUUCAGAACCUUUGAUUUGCAUGACCAAAUGAGUCAACAGACUGCCAGGGAAGGCCAUGGGACUGGUCAGGAAAGUUGGAACACUGCUCGGAUUGGAGUGUAGAUCAUCAUUACACACUCCAGUUCAUAGAUAACGGCCUCUGACUCAGGCACAAGUAGAAUCUACCUUAGCCACAGCAAGAGGUGCACCUAAACUCAAAAUCCACCUGUGAAAACAUCCAGCGGGCAGGCUACACUGCUUGAUAGGCCUAUAGGGUUGAAAGGUGUCUCUAUGCUGUAACUGGUUCUAAUCCAUCUUUUCCAUGGCUGUGUGUACUGUACCGUAGCAGCACCUGGUAGCCCUGGGGCUUCAGGCUCUGGAAGUGGGCUGCUGACAGGCCUGAGAGGCCCUGGCCUUGACCCCAGACCACGCAGUCACAUGACAGCCCGGGCAGCACCUCACUCACCAGGAGUCUCCCAGGGCUCUCGCUCCGUAGCAGCCUUACAGGAGCUGUCAGUUAGGGCCCCUGGCCCAGUGGCCCUAGAGCCCCUGUGAGAGAGGCAGAGGGAGAGUGAGAGAGGGGAAAUGGCUGUGUCAGCAGGCCAAGACCAGGGUCCCUUCGGUCAAACAGGCAACUAGGCAUUCCUGUGACUCAUCUUAAUGACUAAAUGAGCCCAUUCCUGUGUUUAGAAUUUCCGCUAGACAUGGCUGGUUCCUGUUUGCAGGAAUCACACACACACAAAAGGUCCACGUGUGGAGGCGGCUCCAGUAAUUGUGCCUGUUGUUACCCUCUGGCACAACAUUCUCCACUAAACCCACACUGACUGGAACUAUUUUGUUAGCAGCAAAUAACAUUGGCGACCAACUAGUCAUGUCCCUAUUCUAUUCAUUGUGAACCUAGAGUGACUCAUUCUCUGAAUAGCACUGACAGGAAAGAUAGAUAAAAAACUGAAUCUCAAUCUGAAUUGUUUGAUAUUGGCUGUUGAUAUCCUGCAGGAUGCUGACGGACAGAAAUAGACAGAAAGACAGACAGGAAAAGGUUGUGGAUGCCCAGUCUGCCCAUGCUGACAACCCAUUCCCUUUUUUCAACCCUUUCAGUACUAUGGCCUGUAUUUCAUGAAGAAUACUCAUAACGUUUCCACUUAUUGUCCACAUUCCAUUGUUCCAUUCUCUCAUAUCGCUUCCUGAUUUUCAGUUUUCUAAACUGUACUGACAGUGUUUCCUUCUUGUUCAAUUGUGUGUUUGAAAUAGCAACUGGAAAGGAUUUUGUCAUAUAAGUAGAGUUGUCAUGUAUAGCUUGAUUGUACAUAUUGUUCCUAUCUGGUCUUUUGGCUAAAAGCAGUUGGGGAGGAAAAAAAACCUUGCAGACUCAAAGAAAUUAACUGCAUAUUUAUUUUUUAUUUCCACAUGUAAAUUAUUUAUGCAACUUUUUGUAGUAAAUGAUAGCCAUUAUUGUCAUUUAGAAUAAUAGUGACUGUCAGAUAAUAAUGAAAUGCUGUACAGUACACGAAUCAAGUAAAGGCAGAUAUAUUUGAAAGAA